GAUGUCUAUGCGUAUGAAUAUGAAGAUGGCCCAGGUCCCGAUCCAAGAAAUCCCACCUUUGAUCUCCAAAACAGAUACAAAUCACCCUGGAAUAGCAGGAUCAUCGAUUCGCUCCUCGAAGAAUUGCAGAAAAGGGGUGGUGAUGAGAGUUGGCCAUUCCGGAGGUCAGAGAUGUAUUUCAGGGACAUCCUUCAACAUCGCUUCAAGCGCCUACGUACGAUCUGGACAGCUGCGCAGCCCAAAGUCACAGCAAAGGGCGCAUUGGAAACUCCUGCAGAGGUGGAGGAGAGGUUGAUCGCGAAGAAGGACGAAACCCUGAAAUCUACUCGUCAAACGACGCGUCGGAAAAAUCAAAUAAGCGAUGAAAACCGAGAAGACCUCCCAGCCUGGCAGUGGCUUCAGCAAUUAGUCAAGACGCUAGGAGAAGGCGGCAUGAGUUCAGAGGAAAGCGACACUGAAAAUCAAAUCGAAACGGUUCUUCGUGUCAAAAAUAUGGUAUGGCGCCGUGCAAUAGAACAGGAAUUAGAUAUCGUCGAUCAUCAAAGACUUAUGGACGACGAUAUCUUC